AUGUUACAUCAUUCUGCGGACUUGCGUAUCCUCUCUGGACGCACGCACAUGGGAUGGGGCAUGUCUCUGUUGGAGACUUUGGUGUAUAAGAUAUGCGACUCUGGCCAGCCUACUGGACUACUCCGUACCGAAACCGAAAUCCAAACAAACUGGGUCCGUUCUUUCAUUUGGAAGAGGGAAACCCUGGGCGACAUAUCCUACUCCAAAGGGUUGAGGGGUACCAGAGCUAUAGAUACAAGACCAGGACCUUCACCUCACCUCGCCAUCUUGGAGUCGAUUGAACCCGCCCUCGGGUCCUACAUCCUCUGGACGCUGGCCGAGAAAUACUUCACCUGGUCACACAGCUCUCACCUCACAGCAAACCACGCCCUCGCCAGCCCGCUCCUCGCAACGCUCCUCGCCCUCCCAGCCCUCAUCUUAUACAAAAAAGCAUGCUACCUCUUCAAAAUGAAGGCCCUCCGCUGCGCUCCCGCGCCCACGUACCCGCACAAGGACCCGAUCCUCGGCACCGACUGGAUCCGCGCCUCGCUCGCCCGGCAAAAGGAGCACAAGCUCCUUGAGUGGUGGCAGGACCUCUUUGGCGCGCUGGGGAACACGUGGUGGGUCAAGACGCCGGGCGGGUGGGUGCUCAUGACGAGCGAGCCGGAGAAUCUAAAGGCGAUUCUGGCGACGUCGUUUGAGGCGUUUCCUAUCAUUGGGCCGAGAAGGGAGGCGGUGCUGCCGAUUUUGGGGGAGGAUGCGAUUUUCUCGGCUAACGGGGAGGUGUGGCAUGGUGCUAGGGCGAUGAUGAGGCCUAGUUUUGUGAGGAAUCAGAUUGCGGAUUUGAAUUGUUUUGAGAGGCAUGUUGGGGAUCUUAUUGGGAAUAUUCCAAAGGAUGGGGGCACGGUGGAUUUGCAGGCGUUGUUGUACAUGAUGACGAUGGACUCGGCAACUGAUUUUAUGUUCGGGCAUUCCACCAACAUGCUCACGACGCCGUCGCCAGAAGCCCGCGACUUCACCUCGACAUUCGAAUACAUCACCACCCGCUCCGCCAUCCGCUCCCGCCUCGGCCUGCUCACCUUCCUCGACAACGACAAGAAGUGGGAUGAAGGCCUGAAGAAGAUCCACGGCUUUUGCGACAACUACAUUCGCAACAUCAGGGAGGCCGACCCGGAGAAGAAGCAGGAUCCCGAAAGGGGCUACGUGUUCCUCAACGAGAUGAUCGGGAAGCCCGGCAUGACACCCGACUACAUCCGCGCGCAGCUGCUCUCCAUGAUCCUCGCGGGGCGGGAUACCACGGCGUCGACCCUGUCUGCGCUGUUCUGGAUCCUGGCGAGGAGGGGGGAUGUUGUGAGGAGGUUGAGGGGCGAGGUGGAGGCGUUGGAGGGGAGGAGGCCUACGUGGGAGGAGAUGAAGGAUAUGAAGUACCUGAACAACGUGCUCAAGGAAAUCUUGAGAUUGUACCCGACUGUUGCGAGCAUGUCGCGCGGCACAGGACGGGAUACGACGCUACCUGUAGGCGGAGGACCCGAUGGGAAGUCGCCAAUCUUCAUCCCGAAAGGCACGGCCGUGCGGUGGUCUCUGUUCUGUCUUCACCGAAGGAAGGAUCUGUAUGGCGAGGACGCUGAUGAAUUCCGACCCGAGCGCUGGGAGGAGAUGCGGCCGUCAUGGGAUUAUCUCCCUUUCUCUGGCGGCCCGCGUAUUUGCAUUGGGCAGCAGUUCGCGCUGACGCAGAUGAGUUAUUUUGUGGUGAGGAUCUUGCAGACUUUCAAAGACAUUCAACCGAGGGAUGAGAGGCCCAUGUUGCAGACUGUGGGUAUCACAACGAAGCUGCCCAACGACAGGAUGCUGCAGAGAAAGCUCUCUUCAAUGAAGAAACUUGACGCGCCGAUGGAUUCAUUUCUCAAAGUAUCACGUCUGUAUAUUACACUCGAAAUUCUACUCACCUGUUCUUCAGAUCCGACCCAACGUCUAUCACCAAAUCCCAUUCUUAUUGAUUUCAUUUUAAUCAUUUUGCUGUUUGAAAGUUGGAAGAACACCACAUUCACAUCGACUAUUGUGCGACUCCUCAACCCUGUCAAAGAUCUUGCAGCACCAAAAGCCCCCGAAGAGCGACAGCGCGGCAUGCAGGUAUCCCGCCUGCAUCCCACAACCCCGGCAAUGCAGCCAAAGACUGGAAAUGAUGCGUCGCGCACUGCUUCGACCCCAGAUACCACGAAUACCACCAACCUGCACGAUACACCCGCAGAUUGGACGCACCGGUGA